AUGUCUGAAACAUUCCAAUAUCAAGGAAUCGAUGCUUUUUUCGAUUACAGUACCUGGACAACUCGACUCGAAGAGCACAUGUACAUUUUUGCGAUUUUCGCGAUUUUCGUAAAUUUCGGACACAUUUUUGUACUGUCUCAAAAAAUGAUGACGUCAUCGGCGGUGACGUCAUUGCUCAUCGGAAUCGCCGUCGUCGACUUAGGGUACUGUAGUUUCACAAAAUUACUGUAUCCUGGUACCCCGCCACGUGGUUAUUUCGAGACCGUAUUCAACUGGUCCGUACUGGCACUUCGGGAUAAUUGUCGACGGUGUUCCACGUGGUUUGGCCUGGAAAUGGCGGCAAUUCGAAUGUUUUCGCUGAAAUUGGCAAUGAACAAAAAUUCGGGGAUUACCGUAUUUUAUUUUUUCCGCUACAAAGUCGCACCGGAUCCAGACUGGGUUUUGAUCACUGGGUGUCCAAAAACUACAGUAAUCCAAUAUUUUGUGGAUGACAACGAUGGGACAUCAAAAGUAGAUGCCAGAGAAUUGCACUUAUUGCUGACGGCAAUUUUCGAAAAGGUCAUCCCAUCGAUUCUGUUCCCAAUUAUCACUAUCAUUCUUAUCUGUGAACUUGGAAAAGCCACAAAAAUCGUCGAAGACGUUCGAAAAACGUCUUCUAGCUCAAAAACGACGGCCAAAUGGAACAAAUUGGUGAUUCAUAUGACAAUUACAUUCAUAAUUAUCGAAUUUCCAAUUGGAAUCUGUAAAUUGGUCACAGCUACACGGGAUACCUAUGAGGAGGCAGUGAUUUAUGAGAGUCUGACGAAAAUCCUAAACAUGAUUUAUGUUCCAAUGUCGGCUACCCAUUGUAUCAUCUGCUACAAAAUGUCAUCACAGUAUCGGGAUACUGUAUUUAAAAUUUUGGGAAUCAAAAAGGCGAAUGUUCAUCCAACCGUCUCGAUCGUCACUUCUAAUUCCUAA